AUGUUGCUCAGGAAGAAGCUGUGGGCAACAGCAGCUCUAUGCCUGGUGUUUCUCCUAUGGAAGACUUUCCAGGGCAGGUGUACAGGACACUUUGCCUCGUUGUGUACUUUUGUGGAGUCAUCGGGGCCUGUCUCCCUCUUCAAGGCCAAGCUUUGUAGCUGUGCCAGCUGUGUUGCAGAUCUCAACAGUUCGGCCUGGUUUAAUGAACACUAUGAUGCAGCUAUCAAUCCUGUGCUGACUGUGCAAACCCAAGAGAUCUCCCCAGAUGUUCUGCAGUGGUGGCUGAAGCUGCAGGGCUCCCAGAGCAGAACCCAGCUCCAGGGAAUAAUCAGGCACAUGUUUGACAUUCUCCCAUCCCCAGUCACUGGUGUGUGGGACACAGCCGGGUGCAGGACAUGUGCGGUGGUGGGAAAUUCUGGGAAGCUGAAGGGCUCCAGCCAUGGUACAGAGAUUGAUUCGCACGACUGGGUUCUGAGAAUGAACAGAGCACAGACUGUGGGGUUUGAGAAGGACGUUGGUACAAGAACAACACACCACUUCAUGUAUCCAGAGAGUGCUAUGAACCUUCAGCAUGGGGUGCACCUGGUGCUGGUUCCUUUCAAGCUGCAAGACCUGAAAUGGGUGACCAGUGCCUUUUCCACAGGGGAGCUCACAUUGUAUGUAACUGCUUGGCCUAGUGAGGGGCAAACAGCUUGA